AGAUGGCUCAUUCCCUGCACCGUAGCAGCAUCUAUAUAUGCACUUAUAAAAAGCUCUCUCUUUGGAGCCGAUCCAUCAAACCCCAACGGACACCAUGGCAAUAUCAUCCGAGAGCUUGAACUUCUCUAACAAGCUUAUUCACUCUCUCAUCCUCCUAGUCGCUCUCUUUGUUAUCGCAAGCAGUACUCAUACGACAGCCUCGUCACAUGACUCGAUUGUAAUGUCGGACUCUGCCGACGACACACCACCGGAUCCAUGCGCGCGUGUGAACUGUCUGCAAGGGACUUGCAAACCGUCGCUUCUUGGCUUCGACUGCGAGUGCUACCAGGGAUGGCUGAAGCCCUUUGGCUUGCCCUUCUGCAUUGUCCCCAACUGCACGAUGAACUUUGGAUGUGGGAAUGCAUCUCUGCCGCCGUCUCCUCCGCCGGCUGCUUCUGUGUCUCCGCCGCUGCCAUUUACCCCAUGUUUUCUUGUUUGGUGCGGGGAAGGACAAUGUGUACCAAACGGGGCCGAUCACAAGUGCGAGUGCAACAAUGGCUCGGAUAACUUGUUGGGCAACAAGUCCUUGCCUUGCUUAAGAAAAUGCAAUCUUGGAGCAGAUUGCAGUGAGGUACAGAUUGGCCCGCCCAUCAUGCCGCCACCGCCACCUCCGCCUCCUAGUUCUUCAGCUCCACUGGGGAAUGGUAAAGGAAAUGGGCUAGCAUCAGCUCCAAGCUGUUCGAGGAAUUAUAAGGCGAUGUCAACUGUACUCGUGGCUGCCAUCAUUUUGAUAUGGAUAUAAUGUAAGGAUUGAGGCGUCUGUUACAAAUAUCAUGACAUUGAACAAUGCAAUUUAUCUAGAACUCGCUUAGACAACUUAUGGGCAAUUUCGUCUAUCUUUCUUUUAAGAUCCGAGCUUACUUAUUUGUCAUAGGAUCCUAUUUAAUCCGCAAUUUUUUCCUUAUAUAUAUUUUGUUCGUCUUCCCAUUCUA